UACUGUGUGGAAAAAGCCAAAAUGCCUUUUAAAGAUGAUCCUGGAACGUGCAAAUCCUCCACUGGAAACUGGAUGAGCUGGGCGACUGCUGGACCUGGGCAGCCCUUGGGAGUGGUUGCAGUGAGGGCUCUUGUGCAGGAGCUCCCGGCAGAGGAGGAGAAAGAGGCCUGGGAAGAUGAGGGGCUGCGGAUGAGCCAGCCCCCAUCUGUGGCCUUUGAGGGACGGUUAUCUGUGUGCCUUUGUGUGCUGCUGGGUGCUGGGGAGAGGCUCACUGGCGGUAUUUGUAUAAAAUGUGGAAAAGGUGUGUAUGGAGCGAGCCAGGCUUGCCAAGCAAUGGGUAACCUCUAUCAUACCAACUGCUUCACGUGCUGCUCUUGUGGGAGAAGACUACGAGGAAAAGCAUUCUACAAUGUCAAUGGCAAGGUGUACUGUGAAGAAGACUUCCUAUAUUCAGGUUUUCAGCAAACAGCGGACAAGUGCUUUGUUUGUGGACACCUCAUAAUGGAAAUGAUCUUACAAGCCCUUGGAAAGUCAUACCAUCCUGGCUGCUUCCGCUGUGUGGUGUGUAACGAGUGUUUGGAUGGUGUCCCUUUCACUGUAGAUGUGGAGAACAAUAUUUACUGUGUCAAAGACUACCAUACGGUUUUUGCACCAAAAUGCGCUUCCUGUAACCAGCCGAUCCUACCAGCACAGGGCUCUGAGGAGACCAUUCGGGUGGUGUCGAUGGACAAAGACUACCAUGUGGAGUGCUAUCACUGCGAG